AUGGAGCAUAUAGAGUUGCCGAUCAAAGGAGAGUUACUGGUUAAAAGAGGAACUCUUAACUUGCAAACAAGGACUGAAGGAGAUGAACAAAGAGAGAAUUUAUUUCACACUCGCUGUGUUGUUCAAGAAAAAUGGCUCAAUGAUCAAGGAGAAUUGGAGGUUGAGAAUCAAGUGAUGGUGCCAUUAUCUAUUGGAAAGUAUGAGGACGAAAUACUCUGUGAUGUUUUACCAAUGCAUGCUGGGUACAUCUUGUUUGGAAGGUCUUGGCAAUCAGACCGAAGAGUAAAUCAUGAUGGAUUCACCAACCGUUAUUCGUUUGAAUGCAAAGGAAAGAAGAUUGUUCUGGUUCCUUUAACACCUCAAGAAGUCCAUCAAGACCAGAUGAGUUUGAAGAAGAGCAGAACACAAGAAAUGCCUAGCAAGAUUUGGUUUCUUUUACAGAAAUUCAAAGUUGUAUGUCCAGAAGAGAACCCUCAGGGAUUGCCACCAAUCCGAGGCAUUGUGCAUCAAAUCGAUUUCAUCCCUGGAGCUUCUCUUCCAAACAAACCAGUGUAUAGAACUAAUCCUUUGGAGACCAAGGAGUUACAGCAGCAAGUCAAUGAGCUUAUGGAGAAAAGCCAUAUUCGUGAGAGUAUGAGCCCAUGUGUUGUUCCUGUCUUGCUUGUGCCAAAGAAAGAUGAUAGUUGGAGAAUGUGCGUUGAUUGCAGAGCCAUCAACAAUAUCACUAUAAAGUAUCGCCAUCCUAUACCUAGGUUAGAUGAUAUGCUUGAUGACUUGCAUCGAUCUAGCAUCUUUUCUAAGGAUUAUAUGAAUGAAGACUUUCAUGGUCUGGCUGGGUUCAAAGACAAAGAAUCGGGUGUGGCUGGGUUCUACAGAAGACUUAUCAAGGAUUUCCGUAGCUUAGCAGCACCACUCACUGAAGUAAUCAAGAAGAAUGUUGGAUUCAAGUGGGAGCACGCUCAAGAAGAAGCCUUUCAAGCGUUGAAAGAAAAGCUCACCAAUUCACUCAUCCUUUCUCUUCUUGACUUUAAUAAGACAUUUGAAAUUGAAUGUGAUUCUUCUGGUGUUGGUAUAGGAGCUGUGCUUAUGCGGGAAAAGAAGCCAACACAUUACCUCUGGCCAAAGGAAUUUGUUAUCCACGCCGAUCAUGAAUCUCUCAAGCAUCUCAAAGGUCAACAAAAGCUGAACAAGAGACACACCAGAUGGAUAAAGUUCAUUGAAACAUUUCCAUAUGUGAUCAAAUACAAGAAAGGUAAAGAUAAUGUUGUUGCCGAUGCACUAUAUCGGAGGUUUUGCGUGCCUAACUCUUCUUUGAGAGAUUUGCUUGACAAGGAAGGUCAUGCGGGGGGAUUAAUGGGUCACUUUGGUGUGACUAAAACAAUGAAAGUAAUGCAAGAGCACUUCUUUUGGCUGUGCAUGAAGAAAGAUGUGGCGAAAACAUGUAAAAGGUGUACAACUUGUAAGAAAGCUAAAUCUAAGCUUCAGCCGCACGAAUUUGCUUAUAAUCAUGCUAAACAUUCUACAUCUAAGUACUCUCCUUUUGAAAUUGUUUAUGGUUUCAAUCCUUUAUCACCUUUGGAUCUAAUGCUUAUUCCUGUGAGUGAAAGAGCUAGCUUAGAUGUGAAAAAGAAAGCCGAACUUGUCAAACAGAUUCAUCAGAAGGCUCGGAUCAAUCUGGAAAGUAAAACCAAACUCUACGCUAAGCAUCCUUACAAAGGCAGAAUGGAAGUGAUUUUUGAAGAAGGAGACCUGGUUUGGAUACCUUUGAGGAAGGACAGAUUCUCUAACGAUAUAAAAUCUAAGCUUAUGCCUAGAGUAAAUGGUCCUUUCAAGAUCACCAAGAAGAUCGAUGACAAUGCCUACCAGCUGGAUCUUCAAUGUAAGUACAAUAAAACAGAUUUGAGGACAAAUUCUUUUCAAGUGGGAGAGGAUGAUAUGAUCAUGACUGACACAAGGACAGACGAAGAAGAGGAGACAAAUGAGCAGCUUGAACCAGAGCUUGAGGAAGCUAAAGAUAUAGCAAAAGAUCAGCUUCAACCAUAG